CUCGCUCCACGCCAUCCACACGCAGCCAACCGGCAGCAACGGCAACCCGGCCCGCCACAACUCAUCCAACAAACCACACAACCACCGCGCCAUGCUGGGCCAGAACAACGGCGGCGGCACUGCCCCCGCCACCCCACAGGGCUUUGUCGGCAUGUACGACUUUCUCGGCAACCUGGGCAAGGGCCACUUCGCCGUGGUGAAGCUUGCGCAGCACGUGCUCUCCAAGCAGCGCGUGGCCGUCAAGGUGAUUGAGAAGGGCAAGCUCAAGCCCGACGAGGAGGCGCACAUGCAGCACGAGAUCCAGGUGAUGAAGCUGCUGCGCCACCCGCACGUCAUCCGCCUGUACCAGGUCUGCAACACCAACUCGCGCAUCUACCUCAUUCUCGAGCUUGGCGAUGGCGGCGACCUGUACGAGCGCAUCAAGAAGUCCGGCGCCUUUCCCGAAGAAAAGGCCCGCCGCUUCUUCCGCCAGAUUGCAGAGGCCGUCUCAUAUUGCCACAAAAACCACGUCGCCCACCGCGACCUCAAGCCAGAGAACGUCGUCUUUCGCACAAACAAACACGGCGAUGAAGUCGCAAAGGUGACUGACUUUGGCCUGAGCAACAGCUUCUCCCCCGGCGAGAAGCUCAAGACCGCGUGCGGGUCUGUCAGCUAUUCCAGCCCAGAGAUCCUCCUUGGAGAGCCGUACGACGGCCCGCUCGCAGACAUGUGGAGCCUCGGCGUGAUCUUGUACAUGAUGCUGACCGGGGAGCUGCCGUUCCAGGGCCACGACGACUACACCACCGUGAUGAAGAUCAUGGACACGUCAUACAAGCAGCCCGAGGGCGUCAGCGAGCAAGGCCUCGACCUCCUCUCAAAGCUGCUCAGCAAAGAGUGCGAAGACCGCAUCAGCAUGGACAGCGUGCUCAAGCACCAGUGGCUCGCCGGAAACAAGGACCGCGCCGCCGCCACAGCGUCCACAGCAGAGACAGAGCCCGGGACCGGCCGCCCCAAGCUCACGCCGGACGAACACGAGCGCAUCAUGCGCAUCAUGGAGGAAGCCGGCAUUGCGCGCGACGCCAUUGCGUCAAGCAUCAGCGCCAACUCGUACGAUUACAUUGCGUCGACGUACUUUCUGCUCGCCGACAAGGAGGUGCGGCGGCGGGCGCGGGGCCAGGCGAAGAAGAAGUCCAUGGAUCAGGCAGCGCGCGACUCGGCAAAGAAGGACGAGACCGUUCGCCUCCGCCGCGCAAUGACGCUCAGAGCAUCCCCAACGCACCGCCGCAAGAACCAGGGCAAGCCGCCGCGUCUUGGCACCAAGGCCGUGCCGCGCCGCCCGCGUGCCCGCCCAGAGCCCCUGCCAGACUACCUGCGCGAUCCGGAGCCCUGCUCCUCCGGCGAUGAGGACGGUGCCACAACGCCCAAGAGCGCAUGCCUCGUCACCCGCCGUGUGCACACCACCUCCGAGCGCAGCGUGCCCCGCACCUACCUGGACCUGGACUCUGCCAGCAACAGCAGCAGCAGCGUGUCGCCAAAGCGCGGCUCGCACGAAACAGUCUCUGCCACCCACGCGGGGGCGCCGUCGUUUGACUUCUCCACCCCGCAGCGCCCUACAACCGCCAGUCCCGGGCUGCGCCGGGCCGUGCCGCGCGUCGAGGCGUGCCCACCCAGCUCCGGCGAUGAGGAUGACGCCGACAGCAGGCGCACCAGCGCAGGCUUCCGCUACCGUGACAACGACGCUGACGAUGACAUGGAUGACGACGAGGAUGGCAUGUCCACGCCCGACAGGCGCGGUGUGCCCCCGCACAUGCAGCACCAGCAGACGGGCUCGCUCAAGCACCCGCGCAAGCGCGAUUCCCGACGCGUCAGCUCCACCUUCCACGACUCGUAUGGCCUGUCGCCGCGCUACUCAGCGUCGUGCCGCUUCAACCUGCCCAUGUACAUGGACGGCAGCGACUCGCCGCUGCACAAGUCCGUGUCGUCGAGCACGCUCAACACCUCGUCCCAGCGCACGUCCAUCGCCUCUGUGGAGAGCGGUGACACCUCACGCAAGUCGUCGUACGGCCUGGACGACAUGGACAUGAUGCGCACAAAGUCCACCACGCCAAAGUUCUUCCUGUGCGAGGAGGACGAGGACGAGGCGGAGGACCUUGAGCUGCGCGAUGGCCGCGUGUACACGGGCGGGGACGCGCGCCGCACUGCGCUCUCGCCCCAGCUCGGCCGGCACCACAACAGCAGCACGCCCUCGCGGGGAACGCGGCGGCCACACCCGCUGCAGCGGCUGGAGUCGCGUGAGGAGCUCCUGCCGCGCCACAACUCGGAGAGCGGGCUGCUGCAGAUGCGCACCAAGAGCAUGCGCUCAAUUGCCGAGGACAGCACACUCAACUUUGACGAAGAGGAUGAGGAGGACCUUGAUGAAGCUGACGAGAUGGCUGCGAUGGAGGUGGAGGCCGACGCCGGAUACGGCGUGCGCGGCACUGACGACGAAGAUGAUGGCGAUGGCGAUGAUGAGGGCGGAUUUGGGUUUGGUGAUGAUGACAUCAACGACACGGAUGUGCAGCGGCUCAGGGCGUCCACCCUGCCCAUUCUCGACCUUGGUCCAGAGCAUGAGCCACACAGCAACACCAGCAGCCCCCUGCACACCGUGUCGGGCGUAUCACGCGGUGCAACCACUGUGGACGCCGACGGCAGCUUCACAUCUCCCGCCACUGCCACUGCAACCGGUGUUCACAAGCACAUCGACGGUGGCCAACACCACCACAAUCACCACCAGCAGUGGCCGCAUAUGCAGCAGCCAGCCACGGGCACACUGUCGCCAAUUCCCCGGCGCGAUGGGCUUGAGCGUGGCUCGCUGUCGCUGCGCGUGCUGAAGCGCGAGUCUGCGUCGUCGUCGUGCGCGACCAUCAGGGCGGCGUCCGGCAUGAACUCGCCCGACGUCGGCGGCACGAGCGAGGACGAGCGCGACGAGCCCGUGAUGAUGCGCGGCGCCAGCGACAGCAGCAUCGACGACUACGACAACGUGCGCCGCAAGUUCUCUGGCAUGGAGGUUGGCGGCGAGACGAUGGCGGACCAGGAUGACGACCAGAACCAGUGGAGGGGCGAUGUGCACGAUGACACGAGCGCACCCACCGCAGCCAACAGCAGCGGUAAACCUGACGAUGCCGCCGCAAAUGAUCACCAUUGCCAAGACCGUGACCAAGGCAACAACAGCAGUGACGAUGGUGAUGGCGAUGAUGACGAGGAGGAUGGUGCUGAGGAUGAAGGCCGGCUUGGGGAGCUGUCUGUGCCAUACGGGCGACACGCGUUCUUUGGCAUGCGCGCUGCAUCUGUUGCGUGCGACAUGAACACGAGCCGGUACGCUGGCAAGGAGUGUAAUGUGAUCAUGGAGGAAGAAGAAGAGGAGGAGGAAGAAGAGGAUGAAGGCGAGGGCGAGGCUGAAUCGCGUGAUAUUCUCUGCGAGAGCUUGCCUGCUGCUGCGCACCGCCGCCUGGCGCAGGCGUACGCGCGAGCCGACACGCAGGCACUCACACCGCCAGCGGUGGGCCAUGGUACCGCGACCACGCCCGCGCUGCCUGGUCACCCUCCGCCACCGGCUCCAUCCUCGAAACAACAACUCCACUCCCACCAUCACCAUCACCACCACCCACACCAUGUCGGGAGCGAGAGCGGACACCACUCGUCUGAAGACGACAGUGCCGCGUCUCCCCGCACGUCGCGCUCACAGCUGCAGAUUGCAGUCAACAACUAAUGGCGCCCGAAACGAAUCGGGCUGCUUACCAUCUUUGAAAUUUCACCUUAAUUCACAUAACCUUUUUCACUCAACAAGGUCUCCUCUGCUCUCCCAUUAUUGGUCUUUCGUAGUGUUCGCACACGGGUUGAUGCUUGAGAGUGGUGGCUGUGCCGUUUAGUCUUCUUGUCCAUUUUACAUUUGAGUUGUGUGUGUGUGUGUGUUUUAUGUUGUUGUUGAUGUGUUGUUGUUGAUGUUCUUACACUAAUUCAUCAUCUGCGUGUUGGUGAUGAUCCCUGUACUAUUCUGGUUGGUGUAUGAUGUGAUGUGGUGGCACUUUAUGCAAGCCCUGUACUAAGCAUGAGUGCGUGCGGAUGGAUGUGUUCCUAUUUGAAGCCGUCGAGGGCGACUUGAUUGUUGGUUUGUCCAUUUUUACGAAUUGCGCUGUGGUGUGUUUGGAAGGACAUUGUUGUUCCAGCACACACGCACGCUCUUCUCCAGCCGCUGUCUGUGUUUUGUGCUGUGCAAUUGAUCGAUUGGCUGGGGAAAAGGCUGUUAGCUACCACUUGAAUUGUCGUCACUCUUGAACUCGUUGUUGUCUCCUGUUAUUGGCUCUUGGCACACACACGCGCGCGCACGCCUUUGCUCGCUUGUUCUUCGCCCCCCCCCCCCGUGGCGCAGCGUGUGUUUGAACUGUACAUAUCCCCCUCCCCAUGUUGUUGGUCCAGCCAGCCUUUUAGUUGUUGGUUGAUAAGGAAGGGUCAACAGUGCACCCCGACUUGUGUGUUGCUCGUUUGUCUUGGCCUUAUUUCUCGCGCUCGCUCCUUCCAAGCUGUGGUUUUCGAUUGAUUUUAACUGCACCACCAAGGCUGGCUUCCCGUCUUCAGUUUAUGUUGCUCGUCUCGUGCUCCGUGGUUAUGUUGGCGUGCGUUUGUUGCCCCCCCCCUCCUGUAGUGUGACCUAACUGCUUUCUGCGUUGUAGGGAUUGGCAGCUGUGUGGCUGUGAUCUCUGACAACUUCCAAUGCGUUUGUUGUGUGUGUGCGUGCGUGUGUGUGCUCUGAAUGUGGCUCUAAUUGGCAACUUUUGUUAGCAUCUUGUUCCUACGACUGCUUGUUGACUUGAUGGAUGUGUGAACGCACAAAACACGUGCGGGCUUUACUGUCUUUGCACACAACGCUGCACGUUGUGACAUGACGUUUUUCAACUCUCAAUUCAUCAAUUAAAACACAAGCAUGAAGCAA